AUGAACAACGAAUACGCCUCGCGUCUUCUACCGCCAGCUAAAGAAACGACCCGAGCAGCAUGCAAGAAAUGCGGCUACGCUGGCCACUUGACCUUCCAAUGUAGAAACUUCCUGAAAGUGGAUCCCAACAAAGAAAUCGUUUUGGACGUGAGCAGCACAAGCAGCGAAUCUGAUAUGGAUUACGUUACUCCGCUCACUAAACUCCGCGAAGAAGAACUCAAAGAGAAACUCAAGAAGCAUAAGAAGAAGAAAAAGAAACAUAGUUCGCCAAAAGUUUCGAAUAAGUACAAGAGAAGGCAUGAACCUUCUAGUGAUGAAGAUUCUGAUAGUAGUGAUGACAAGAAAAAAUUUGAGAAGAAUCCUAGAAAAAGAAGACAUCCAUCUACAUCUAGUGAUAGCAGCUCUGAUUGA